UUUUCCUCGAGUGCCUCUGUACGUGCCUGUACGUCAUGUCGUCAUGUGUUUCACUCUCUCUCUCAGGGCAGACUCACAACCUCUGCCAUGGCUCCGUGAACCAAUACAUGGCACCAAGCAGCCAUGAACCCCAAAAUAAUAACUCACCAACAACUGAAGGCCAUUAAAUAGGAUCCUUACUUAGUUUCUUUCAAAAUUAUUCCACCUCCUGCAAUAUCCGCAGCUACAAGCCGGCUGUUAGUCACUGUAGGCGGGGGGAGAGAGGCGCACUGACUGCAACCACCUUUGGUUUAAUUUCUUCCGAUAUUUCGCUUUGAAGUUUUCCUCACGCUCACCAUGGGAGUUCACGGUUUCCAAGAGUACAUUGAAAAGCACUGCCCCGGCGCUGUGGUGCCGGUGGAGCUCCAGAAGCUCGCCCGAGGGAGUAUUGUUGGAGGCGGCCGGCAGGGACCUCCUCAGAGUCCGCUGAGACUGCUGGUGGACGCCGAGAACUGCCUCCACCGGCUCUACGGAGGCUUCUACACCGACUGGGUCAGCGGGGGCCAGUGGAACCACAUGCUGGGCUACCUGGCCGCCCUCUCCAAGGCCUGCUUCCACGGCAACAUUGAGCUCCUGGUGUGCUUCAAUGGCGCCCUGGAGAAGGGCCGCCUUCACGAGUGGGUCAAGCGGCAGGUGAACGAGAGGCAGACCGCCCAGCAGAUCAUCAGCCACGUCCAGAACAAGGGCACCCCGCCGCCCAAAGUCUGGUUCCUCCCUCCCGUGUGCAUGGCCCACUGCAUCCGACUGGCGCUCCUCAAGUUCCGCGUCGGGGUGGUCCAGAGCAUGGAGGACCACCACCUGGAAGUGAUGGCCUUAUGCAGGGAGAGCGGCGUCCACGGCCUGGUUGCCUACGACUCUGACUACGCCCUGUGCAACAUCCCGUGCUACUUCAGCGCCCACGCCCUCAAGCUGAGCCGCAACGGCAAGAGCCUCACCACCAGCCAGUACCUAAUGCACGAGGUGGCCCGGCAGCUCGACCUCAACCCAAAUCGUUUUGUUGUUUUUGCAUCGCUUUUAGGAAAUCACAUACUGCCUGAUGAAGACUUGGCUGCCUUUCACUGGAGCUUACUCGGUCCAGAGCAUCCAUUAGCAUCUCUGAAGGUGCGUGCCCACCAACUCGUGCUCCCACCCUGUGAUGUCGUCAUCAAGGCUGUGGCUGACUACGUCCGCAACAUCCCGGACAUAGCCGACCUCGAGGCCGUUGCUAAGGACAUCUUCAAGCACUCACAGACGUGCACCGAUGACAAAGUCCUCCGCUUUAAGAAGGCAGUGGAGUACUACUCGGUGGCCAGAAGCUCCUCCCACUUCCCUCCACAGUUAG